CCUGCUGCUCCUGGCCGUGGCCCUGCCUGCCAGGGCUGCCCAGGCUGCUCCGCUGCAAGCGCGGCGAGCAGACUGGAAUAGUGACAUGGGUUUCCAGGAAGUCCUGAUGAAUGAUGGUUUGAAGUUCCUGGAGGAUGCUGGAGCUGAACCUGCUGGUGAAGGCCCCACAUCCAGGACUGAGGCUCUGGGAGAUGCUGAGGGUGUGUCUGCAGGGAGGACUUUCAUACGUCCUUUGGUGGUUAUUGCUGACAAGCCCAGCUCCCAUGGCAGGGUUCCUCCAAACAGGAAGAUGCAAGACACAAGUGACAAGAUAUCCCUGGAACGAUCCAAACAGACGAGGCAAGUGCUGAAGGAACUCCUGCAGACAAGACAAGAAAUUAAAGGAAAGCCUAUGCAGAAGGAAGCAUUUCCCGGUGGAAGCAGUGGCUCCAUGCCAGCCUCUGCUCCAGGAAGGGAGGUGAUGCCAGGCACAGUCAAGGAAGAUGAGGUUGCUGGGAAGGCUUCUCCAUCAGCUUGGAUGAAUAAAGUUUUGAUGCCCUUGGAGCCUCCUGCGGAUGUGUCUACAGGGAGGACUUCUCCAGCUCCUACCUUGGAUGCUGUACACAAGCCCAGCUCCCAUCACAGGGGUUCUUCGACAAGGAAGAUCCUAUACACAACAGAUAAGAUAUCCGUGGAACAAUCUAAACAGAGGAGGCAAGAGCUGAAGGAACUCCUGCAGACAAGACAAGAGAUGGACAUAGUGCUUCAGUGGAAGGUGGCAUUUAUUGAAGGAAGCACUCCAUCUUUGGUGCCAGCCCCUGCUGCAGGAAGGAAGGCAAAGCCAGACACGGGCACAGGCACAGCAGACUGGGAGGCUGGGAAGGAUUCUGCAUUAGCCUGGCGCUCUGAAGUUGUGAAGCCCUCUGGGCAUUCUGCAGGCGUGUCUGCAGGGACGACUUCACCAACUCCUACCUUGGAUGAUACAGAAAAGCCCAGCUCCCAUGGCAGGGGUCCUACAACAGGAGAGACCAAAGACAUGGCAGAAAAGAAAUUCCAGGACCCAUUAGAAAUCAUGUGGCAAAUGCUGAAGGAAUGUCUGCAGAGAAGACAAGAAAUAAAAGGAGAGCCUGUGCAGAAGGAAGCAUUUGCAAGAGGAAGCAGUGGUUCCAUGCCAGCCUCUGCUCCAGGAAGGGAGGCAAUGCCAGGCACAGGCACGGGAGCUGAACCUGCUGGUGAAGGCCCCACAUCCAGGACUGAGGCUCUGGGAGAUGCUGAGGGUGUAUCUGCAGGGAGGACUUCUCCAGCUCCAGGGCUGGAUGCUUGGCCCCAACCCAGCUCCCAUGGCAGGCGUCCUCCAAAAGGGAAGACCCAAGAUACUGCAGCUAAAAUGUCUCAUGACUCAGGUGAAUUCCUGAGACAAACACAGAAGGAAGCACCCGGAGGACAAGUGAUGGACCAAAAGGCUGUGCAGAAGGAGGAACAGCCAGGGAGAAGCAGUGGCUCAUUGGCAGCCCUAGCUGCAGGAAAGAAGGCAAUGACAGACACAGGCACAGGCACAGCAGGAGCACCUCUGGACAGCAGUUGGAAGAUGGUGGCUGCACCUCACACCCAGACAGCGUGAGCAGCUCCUCCAGCAGCAGGAACGGCCUGGACAGCCCUCUCAAGUGUUCUGUGAAGAGGACCCCAGAACAACCGUCUACGAGGAAGCCUCUUAUUGCCCCAUAGAUCCCACUGCCAUCUGCUCUCCCCAUGGGCCUCCCCAAGCUGCCUUCAUCCCUUUUUUUCUCUCCAUCUGUCCCAUCCCAGCCAACCCGAGUUCCUCCAGAGACACCAGGACCAGCCCAGCACCUUCCAGCCCUUCCUGAGACCAACACAUCCCUUCCUCUGCCCCUGAGCCCUCUGGCCUUGCCCUCUAAGAAACACUGAAGGU